UAAAGUCAAGAUGGCGACAGAGGGUGAAUACGAGUCGGUCCUGUGUGUGAAACCUGACGUCAACGUUUACCGAAUCCCUCCACGGUCAUCGAACCGUGGGUACAGGGCAGCAGACUGGAAGCUGGACGCGCCGGAUUGGACCGGUCGUAUGAGGGUAACAGCCAGGGGUAAAGUGGCGUACAUCAAACUAGAAGACAAAAUAUCUGGGGAGCUGUUCGCUCAAGCACCGGUGGAGGAGUAUCCCGGCAUCACGGUGGAAACUGUCAGUGACUCUAGUCGUUACUUCGUCAUCCGUAUACAGGACGACAGUGGUCGUAGUGCUUUUAUCGGCAUCGGGUUUGGAGACAGAGGAGAUUCUUUUGACUUCAACGUCGCUCUACAGGACCAUUUCAAGUGGGUUAAACAGGAUAAUGAAAUCAUUAAACAGUCUCAGGCACCUGAUUCAGGACCAAAGUUGGACCUGGGAUUUAAAGAAGGGCAAACCAUCACUCUCAAUAUUGGGCAAGCCAGGAAGAAGGAAAAGCCACGCCCCCAGAGUACAGGGGGAUUUGGGCUCCUCCCCCCUCCACCUGGGGGCAAGAUAGCCCCGCCUCCCUCCUCCUCCGGGCUUUCGAAUCACAACACAGAAUCUCUUACAGGGGACGGAAGCACUGGCUGUUUGUUAGAGCUAGACAGCAGUAAUUCCAACUCUAUGCCGCAGUCAAAUCCAAGCACUGAUCUUUGGGGAGACUUCUCCACUCCUGCAAGUUCCCUCCCUCCACCGGCGCAGCAGCAAUCUUCCUCCUCGAACUGGGUUCAGUUCUGAACCUGGGCGCCCCUCUCUUUCACCUCCAUUGCUGUGUUUCUCUCUCUCUCACGCCGUACGUCCUCCAUUUCAUUUUCACCCAUUCGGUAUUAAAGCUAAAUCCACACCGUGUCCUCUCAUCAGGCUUAGUCUCUGUUUCAACGCCGUGUCUGUUACUGAGGGGGAAGAGCAUGAGAAGGAUGGGACAUAGAUAACUGAACUUGGAAAUAUUUAAUAAGAUAAUAUGCAGUAUCUGCUUCUUAAACAAUUAUGAUAGUGAUGAUGUAGCUAGGUAAUUAAAAUAAUAAUACAUACACAUAAUAUGUAUAUAUAUAUAAUUGUCACUGUACUAUAUACUAUAUACAUAGUUGUAUAUUUUAAGGGCCAGUUAGGUUAGUAGAUCUAAUUUUCUCCUACUGCUCAGUACUGCAAACUGAAUGCCCAGUUUUGGAAGCACUAAUUGAUGAGAAAAAAGGGAUGUAUUCAUGUUUACACAGAGACCAUGUUUUGGCAAGUUGACUAGUGAACAUGAAUUCAGUAAUUGAGCGCCCUCUAGUGUACAAUGAUAUGUGAGGCAUUGAUUGUCCUCCUCAUGGUCUCAUAAGCACAGUACAUGAAACGGAAGGUCCUCAAUACAGUUAUCACCCAGCAAGGAUUCAAGGGAAUCGACUAGCUUACCUCAUUAACAUUAUAUAUUUAUGUUGCACAUUUUUAUUCAUAAAUGUAUGUGUAUAUUUGUUCUGUUACAUUUACCCCCCUGUGUGGCCCAGCACUGUAAAUACAGGCCAGUGUAGUACAGUAUUAGAGAUGUACAUUGUGUUGCUGUUUAAAGGGUAUAGUUCCUGUUGGAGAAGUAAAGUUAUAUUCGUAAUGAUAAGAGAAUAACUAUAUUAUAUUCAGAUAUAUUUUUCUUUCUGUCUCUCUGACACACACAGACAGACGGCACAAGCAAACAGUAUAGACAGAGAUUUCAAAAGAGGAAGAUUCAAGCUACAAUGAUUGAAUAGCUCAUGACCAGAUAUUAACUGAGAAGACAACUGUAAUUUAUUGGGUCAAUUUUCUGUUGACACCUCUUGUGUUCUGUUGAAGUUGUACAUAUGUUACCUCAUUCAGUGUUCAUACCUUGUCAUUGCAAAUACACUGUGUAAGUACUGUAUUGAGAAAUAUAAUGAUAAUGACCAUGUUGAUAACGGAAUACUCCCUUGGGGUUGUUUUCGUCUGUCUUCAUUUUAUGUGGAUCUUUGGCGAACAUGCA